GAAGGUAAGACACGUCCUGGAAGGCCAUUUUCAAGUAGUUCCAUUAGCCUUGGCUCAAUGGUGAUCUUAUGCAAAUACUCAUUAUGACGGUGAAUUUGCUCGAUCUUUUCUUUCAAAUCAUCUUUUGCAUGGAUGACCCAUCUGAACUUCAAUUUUUUUCUCAUUUUAUCGGGCUUCUUUGCGGUCUCGCCGACGUUGAUGUUGUCGGGAUCUAAAUUCUUGUCGAGAUCAAUCGUGCCCGCUGGGGCUACGGAGGUGCCGGUAUCAUAUCUCUUGACAAGAACAUCAGCAUCUUCACUGAGCUUUUUGAUCCGUUCUAGAGUUUGGAUGAUAAGUUUUUUGAUAUCAUUAGGCUUGUCGCGAAGUAUACAAGUGGAGGGAUCUUUGACUUUGCAUAAAUCUCCCCAGAUCUGGAGUCGCGUCUUUUCAAUGAUCAAGUAAAGACCUAGGUCGCCGGCAUUCGUUGUUUCCUCGUCAAAG